AUGUCCUUGCUCACAUGCGUAGCGGCCGACGCCCGCGUCGUCGUCGUUCCCGUCCUGCUUGUCGCCCUCGCCCUCGCCGUCUCCGAGCGUUUUCCAUGUUUGCGCUUCACGGCAAUGAUGCUCGGGCUGAAUAACUCGCCGUCGCUGUCGAUCAAGUCAUGGCGGCUGGGGUGGACUUGGAAGGAUCUGGGCUCGAUGGCGCUGGCCUCUCCGAGUCCGAUGAUCACAAAUUACCAUAGCUAA